ACACUUACCCCCACACUCUUUCCUCUUACACGAUACACAGAGAGGCACACGUGUAACUUACAUCAUACACACUUGCACAACGUGCACAGAGGAACAAGUCAAUCAAUACUUGUCACUCAUAACACGAGUUGUAUUUGGACAUUACACGAUGACGUUGUAUAACAUAGAUUUUUCACUUAUUAGAACUUGAAACUCCGGUUGAGAUUGAGGCGCCUUGAUAGAAAAAAAAAUUCACGUUUUUGGAUUGAUUAGCUCUUUAAAGGUAGUUAGAGGUAUUUUUUUUGUUUUGUAGCCAGUAAAAAGUUUUCCAAUUCUAUUAGUACUUUCACAUUAUUGUAAUUUAGUAUUCAGUAAGCAAAUAGGAAGGAUCUAACAUUGAAACACCGACAGAAUUCAACUCGUCCUUCAUCGAUCGUGCUGACUUUCAAAUACAGCUUCCAAGCAUUCCGCGCCAUGAUAUUUUCGCCAUUACAUUCGCCCCUUUUUCCGCCACAAUCCCUUUUUAAUCGUACUUAUCGCGAAAUCAUUGCGCCGCCCGUAUAGAGAGGCGCCCGUGGCGAAAUUUCUAUAAUGCCGGAAACUUCACGAUCGCGCGGCAGUCGCCGGCCGCGAUUUCCUACGGAGAGAAACUCGCGGAACGCCGUAGGAAUAUGAAUAUGCAACCCGUGGCGACGGUGGGAAACGCCGAUCGACUUGCCAUCAAACCAGCCGUGACGAUCGGUAAUCCGAUCCUGGAAGCGUUCCCGGAGGAAGCUCUGCAGCGACGAAGAUUCCCCAACUCCAUGCUGCGGAAUAUCUCGGCGUACUUGAUAAAAAUUACGUCCAAAUCGAAGGGCAGUAACUCGCCCUGGCAGUACGUGGAAUUCGGUCGAUCUCGUAAUCCCGACGCGAAUUGCAGUAACGCCGAAGUUUAUCGCUCAACUGUUGACCGAGCCUUGUCGCGAUCAAGCGACCCGUCUCAAAUUCCGAGACCACGCAAGCUCUCGGAUAAUCUCGUGAGAUCUUUGCAAAUGAUCCAACACAACAAUAUUUCGCUGAAAAAUCUUCAUUCACUAUAUAUCAAUGAUCGCGAUAGAAUACGAAAAAUGCUGAAUGGAAGUAAUUCUGAUCGCUUACCGAAGAAGUCCAGUGUAUCCGAUUCAAACGCGACAAUUAUAAAUCUUUUACCCAGAUCCGAAAAGGACGCUACAGAAGAGAAUAUUUCCAAUUCGAAAAAUUCGAACAUCGGAAAGACCGUCUUGAAAAAUAAAGUAGAUCAUCAAAAUGGUGACGAAAUUAAGAGGAUAGAAACGAAAUCGGGAAAGAACAUGUUUAAUGCAAAUAGUAUAAAUAUAGACAUUAAUGCAAAAGCUAUACGUCGCUCUAAAAACGUCACUUUGAACGAGGGAUAUGAAAAUAUUUAUAAUAACGGAAAAAUUAGGACGAAAAAUAAUUCUUUAAUAACUCAAGGGAGAUCAAUCGACGCUGCUACUCCGCAGACUGAUACCGUGAUUUGCAAGUUUAUUACUGCCAAACACAUGGUGUGUCGUCAGAAUGAUUCAGCAGCCGCUAAAGUAUCGAUUAAGCCAAUUUAUAUGACAACUUCUGAAAUAACGACGGUGGCAAACGACGUUAAUAUUAAUCGGAAUUCUGGUGUGGAAGAUGUGAGCGGCGAGAGCAAAUCUCUUGGGAAAAAACAACGCAGGAGACACGACUUGGCUUACCAAAAAUAUCGCUACAAAUAUCCGAGGGAACUAAUCAUUUCGUCUACGAUAAAACCGUCGACAGAAUCCGCGCGGACUUCAACAAUAUUAGAAAGUACCUCUUCGAAAAAUAUUAAUAAGUACGGAGUAACCGAGACUUGGAAGCCGGAAAAGGGUAAUUUGACGGAAGCUGUAGCGGGAUCCAUUAAUUAUAAUGUAUUAUUCAACGAAAUUUACGGGCAACGGAACUCACGAGAAUAUUACAUUAAAACAAAAAAUAACAAUCUGGAUAGUAAGAAAGAUAUUUUUGGACAUAAAGUAAGAAAGAACGGUAAAGUCUCAAAUUAUUAUAAUGAGUAUCCGAAACGCCGCGUCACGCAAUCUAAAAGAACAGCCUCCGUGACUGUGAGUACGAAUAAAAUCGAAGGGUAUACUGCGACGAAUAUGGAAUACGAUCGAGCGCAGAAAGCAGCUUCGUCUGUUUCAGAAAGAAUGUCCGCGACAGAAAAAACGAGCAAUAACUAUUUCUCGAUGAAGACAGAAAAAUUGCUGUAUGAAUUAAACGCGCCGGAGAUUGAAAUACGUCCGUACUUUCCGACAAUCAACGAUGUCGACGUAACAUCAAAUCUUUUAACUUCAAAUCAUAACGCGAUUCAGCAAAAUCGAGGUGAUGAGAAGUUUAACGAAACGCAUAGGCAGUCGAAUAUUUCUUCCGAAAAAUUUUACGAAAAUGACGAAAACUCGAUACGAAGUGACGACAGGAUCGAUUCCGGAUUAGUAAAUUCCGACGAGACGCUGGAAUCGAUAACUACGGAUGAUAGCACGCGCACGAUGUCGAAGGAAUCCAGGGAGACUCUGGAAGAAGAAUCAGAGGUUGAUUUCGAAGUCGUGAUAUUAAACUUGACGACAACGAGGGCACCCGAGAUCGUCACGCGGGAUACAAACGAAUCCAGGGAGAGAGCGUCUACUGAGAGGCACGGCAAACGCAAGCACAAAAGUCAUCAUAAUGGUCGUAAGAACAACAGGCCCAAGAAGAAGAGGAAGAAGAAUCGCGAUGCGAAGCGUAAGAGGAAACCGACAUCGACCGUCGUCGCUUGGAGGGCCGACGAGCUGACGAGCGUCGAUUAUGGCAACGCUUAUAGUACAGAGCCGGCGAGGACGUUCUCUCAUAAUGAUCCAAGCUACGACAAAGCUGAUGGUAAUCGUAAUACGAGCACGAGUAGAGACUGGUAUCUUACUGAUGAAAUUACAAUGGAACCUUUUAAGACAGAAUCCUCUACCGCUGAUGAGUCUGUCUCGAAACAUCCUACGGAAGAUAGCAUUUACGAUGGACUUCAAUCGAAAGGAACAACGAAUGUGAAUCUUGUCACCAGUAGCACCAUAUCUCAUUCAUCAACGGCGUCCAAUGAGAAAGUUUUCAAAAAAUGUAAAGUACUAAUUACAACUACCACUGACAAGAGCAUCUGGAGCUGGUGGGCAAAUGAUAAUAAAAAGACAGACGAAGAAUCAACUGAGUGUGAAGACGAAGACGUUACCUCGUCUCCGACCACAAGUGAUUCGGCAGAAGAAGAAACAAGCUAUUCUUCUACAUACGACACGAUAUCUAAAUCAAGCGGCACAAUUUUUUCCUGGGAAUAUUCAAGCACAGAAAAUAAGAAGAUAAGCAGUGAAGAGACGAGUACAAUAUACAGCACGAUUAAGGAUGGAGAAAAUGACGACAAGAAAGGCACGACAGGUAAAUCGAUCUUGAAUGAAGAAAGCGAUGAAAACAGAAAUGAAGAGACACCCUCUUGGGAUCGGGAAAGUACUACGCGUUCCGUAAUCGGAGGCACUACGCACGGCGUGAAUUCGGAUCUCGAUAGCGAGGAGGAAGAAGACGCAACGGAGAAAUCGAUAUCCGGCGAAGACAACGAAAUCGACAACGGCCUCGUGGCGAUCACGGAGGAUUACGAGAUCGACAAUUGCAACAAGACCCAGCACGCGUGCGACAAGUACACGUGCAUCGACGAGGACCAGGUCUGCGACGGUAUCGUGGACUGCCUUAACGCCAAUGACGAAACCGACUGUGAUUACAUAUACUUCAAGAGAUUUGAGGAGCAUCAGAAAUUCGAAUUUAAAAAUUGGAGCGUCGAAGAUUGGAAUGCAAACAGACUGGAAACUAACAAACUCACCGAUCUCACCUCGAACGUUAUCGAAGACACGUCGCCCGACGGAUGCAGCCGUUACGAGCAUCCUUGCGACGGCACGUGCAUAGACGCGCUGAACGUCUGCGACGGCGUGACGGACUGCCUGGACGGUACGGACGAGGCGAACUGCACCGAAGGUAUUCCCCAUGUUAGAAAAUAAUAAUCCUGCGAGAGUCGGCGUCGACGGCCCUUCGUAGCCCCUCACGCUGUAAAAAGUUUCUCGCCUGCGGGAACGUACGUCUGCACGUGAAUCUCAAGAAAGCAUGACGUCAUUUCGGGCCUGUCAUCUUCGCUGUACAGAGAAAUGGCUUUGAAGAUGUCGAAGUGGCUUAAUAUGUGGACGUCCUUGGGAAACUGCCGAGAUCUAUUGCGGCAAAAAAAAGCUCGGAAACACUAUUUCCACGGCUAUAUAUACAUAGAUACUUCGUUCUACUUCGUUUAAGCUGUUCUUAUCUGAAGACUCGCAGAAGACUCGCUUCUCCGCCGCGCUUCUGAAAAGCAACGUUACGACGUGCGUUGGAAAUCCACAUCGUCUAUGUUUACGCAGCUUUGGGGAACAAAUGUGUUAACAAACGAAUCGCGGAUAAAUAAUAAUUUUGCGUUCAAUGUAAAA